UUCUCACUUUCCCUUCGAUCAUCGGACAGAGACUGCAACUGCAGUUCAGAGGCUUUUCUUCUUCUUCGGUUCGGUGAGAUGGGAAGGGAGAUAGAGAAGAUGAUACCAGUGGGCCUCGUUUGGGGAGCCACCAACGCCCUAAUGCGCCGCGCCGCAGUCAAAUGGGACCAAACCCUCAAAUCCUCCCCGCCCCCAAACACAGCCCAAGCCCCCCGAUUCCUCUCCUCCCUCCGCCACUGGCUCAGCCUCCUCUUCAUGUGGCAGUACUUCGUCCCUUUCUUCCUCAAUCUCUCCGCCUCCGCCGCUUUCUUCGCCCUCCUCAGCCACGCCCCCAUUUCCCUCGCCGUUCCCGUCACCAACGCCAUCACGUUCGCCGCCACCGCCGUCUUCGGCAUGCUGCUCGGCGAGGAGACCCGCCUUUGGCCGGCUUUGUUUGGUACUGUCCUCAUUGUUCUCGGUGUCUAUAUCUGUGUUAUGUAAUAGUACCGUUGUUAAUUAGAGGCUCUGUUUGGUUGCUGAGAAAAUGGUGAAUAAAAAAGUUUUAGCUUUUAAAGGAGCGGGGAUUCACUCGGUAGAUAUGUGGCCGUGGCCCGUGGGACUCCCUUCUGUCAGCAAUGGACUGGAAUUGGCGGUUCAAUGGGUCCUCUUUCCCUGCUGAUGUGGUCGUCCUUUAUCCCUCUCAUCUCGGUUGUAUUGCUCACUCUUCUUGGUGUUUACAUUUGUACUCUUUGAGCAACAAUUGCUAGUUUUUCUUGGAAGAGAACAACUAUUGUUUGUUUUUCUUAGAGGAUUGCAGUUGGACCCUGGUCCAAUUAUUGAGUUGUUUCCCACUCUGGUUGGUUGCUGGGAAAUUGAGAAGUAAAGGGUAUUUAUUGAUCUCCCCCAAUUUGGAUCUAGAAUUUUUCAAAGUCAAGGAUAAGGAAAGGACAAAUUUGAAAACAUGUGUUUUUACAUGCUCA